AUGCAAACUCAAGCAGAAGUCUCUGUGGUUCCUGGAAAUGGAAUCCAGCUUGGGACAGGGAUGGGAAGGGAUUUGACUUGUCCUUUUGGCGUCUUCCCAGCCUGCGAAGCCCAGGCCUCUUGGAGGCACGCAGCGGAGGUUCCAGGUACACGCGCCCUUGGCCAGGAGGUUGCCAUGCCCCACAUUCCCGAGGACGAGGAGCCCCCUGGAGAGCCACAGGCAUCCCAGAGCCCCACCAGCCAAGACCCUCCCUCCUCUGCAGAAAUAUUCCACAGCCCGCCCAUAAUCGUCCUGACCGGGGAUGCCAGUUCACCAGGAGAGGCCGACAGUUCCCUGGCCAACAGAGCUCACAGUCCCCACAGGAGGCUCUCUCACCGACACCUGAAGGUCUCCACCACGCCCCUGACAUCUGUGGACUCUGCGGGGCACGUCAUUGACCUGGUAAAUGACCGGUUGCCGGACAUCAGCAUCUCAGAGGAGGACAAGAAGAAAAACCUGGCUCUGUUGGAAGAAGCCAAGUCGGUGAGUGAGCGAUUCCUGACCCGACGCGGGAGGAAGUCCAGGAGCAGCCCUGGAGACUCCCCAUCAGCUGUCCCCCUGAGCCUCAGACCCGGAGCCUCUCCUGUGUCCUCCAGGAGCAGCUCACUGGCAGUCCCCACCCCACCAGGUCUGGAUGUGUGCAGUGGCCCACAGUCCCCUCUGCCAGGAUCACCACCACAGCAGAAGGGGGAUGAGGCGGACAUCUCCUCACCUCACCUCAGCGAGCCUAAUGUCCCCAAAGGGCUAGCUGACCGGAAGCAGAAUGACCAAAGGAAGGUGUCUCAGGGCAGGCUGGCUGUUCGCUGUCCCACUGUUGAGAAGUCCAAAGAGCGUGCAAUAGAACAAAAGGAAAACUUCGAUCCCCUCCAGCACCCUGAGACCACACCCAAGGGCCCAGUUUCUGGCACAAAUAUCAUUGGGAAAAUGGCCUUGAACAGCCCCCCACCUGUCUCGGCUGAGAGUGAGCUGGGAAGGCAGCUCCCAAAGACGGCCAGGGAAGGCAACCCUCUGCUGAGAAAUCCAGCCCUGGGAUUGGGAGGAGUGGCCUCACCAGGCUCCCAGGGAAAAGGCUCUACUGGAGAUGCCCCAGCAUCCAAGGUUGGCCCCAAAGUCGAACUGAAGUCCCCUGUGUCCCGGCCGCCCUUGAUGCGGGGAGUCUCUUGGGACAGUGGCCCUGAAGAGCCGGGUCCCCGGUUACAGAAAGUGCUUGCUAAGCUGCCAGUGGCAGAGGAGGAGAAGCGCUUCCCAGGCAAAGCCAGUGGCAAGCUGGCCAAGGUGCCAGGGCUUAAAGACUUCCAGAUUCAAGUGCAGCCUGUGCGGAUGCAAAAACUGACCAAGCUCCGUGAGGAGCACAUCCUAAUGAGAAACCAGAACCUUGUGGGCCUGAAGCUUCCUGAACUGAGUGAAGCAGCAGAGCAGGAGAAAGGGGUCCCUUCUGAACACUCCCCAGCUACCGAUGAAGAAGAGUCGAAGAGUGGCCUGGAUGUCAUGCCCAAUAUUUCUGAUGUGCUGCUGCGCAAACUGCGAGUCCACAAGUCUCUCCCAGGAAGUGCACCUCCACUCACUGAAAAGGAAGUUGAGAACGUGUUUGUACAACUGUCCUUGGCCUUUAGAAACGACAGCUAUACCCUGGAAUCUAGAAUUAACCAGGCUGAAAGAGAACGCAACCUGACCGAGGAGGACACAGAGAAGGAACUGGAAAACUUCAAAGCUUCUCUUACGUCUUCAGCAUCACUCUGGAACCACUGUGAGCACCGUGAGACCUACCAGAAGCUGCUGGAGGACAUUGCGGUCCUGCAUCGCCUGGCUGCCCGCCUCUCCAGCCGUGCUGAAGUGGUUGGGGCCAUCCGCCAGGAAAAGCGCAUGUCAAAAGCGACAGAAGUGAUGAUGCAGUAUGUGGAGAAUCUGAAGAGGACAUAUGAGAAGGAUCAUGCAGAGCUCAUGGAGUUUAAGAAACUUGCAAAUCAGAAUUCAAGCCGCAGCUGUGGCCCCUCUGAAGAUGGGGUGCCUCGCACGGCACGGUCCAUGUCCCUCACGAUGGGAAAGAACAUGCCCCGACGGAGAGUCAGCGUUGCUGUGGUUCCCAAGUUUAAUGCCCUGAACCUACCUGGCCAGUCUCCCAGCUCAUCACCCAUCCCUUCCCUACCAGUUCUGUCAGAAUCGCCCAACGGGAAAGGCAACCUCUCCGUCACCCCAGCACUGCCCGCACUUUUGGAAAAUGGAAAGACAAGUGGGGAGCCAGACUGUGAAGGUCCUGCUCUCGUGAGGCCUCCAGGCUCUCUGGAGGUCAGCCAAGAGACCAAGGCCAGGAUGGAGGAAGAAGCCUACAACAAGGGAUAUCAGAAAGGUUUAAAAGAGACCAAAGAACUUCAAGACUUGAAGGAGGAGGAGGAAGAACAGAAGAAUGAAAGUCCUGAGGAACCUGAAGAGGUAGAAGAAACUGAGGAUGAGGAAAAGGACCAGAGAAGCAGCAAACUUGAACAAUUGGUCCAUUUCUUACAAGUCAUGUAUCCCAAACUCUGUCAGCACUGGCAAGUGAUCUGGAUGAUGGCUGCAGUGAUGCUGAUCUUGACUAUCGUGCUGGGGCUCUAUAUUUCCUAUAACUCUUGUGGGGAGCAGGCGGAUGGGCCCCUUGGAAGAUCCACUUGCUCUGCAACCCAGAGGGACUCCUGGUGGAGCUCAGGACUCCAGCAUGAGCAGCCUACAGAGCAAUAGGAAACCUCGUCAAAGAUUCCUAGUCAAUGCCAUGCUCUGGGAUAUCCAGUCCCCAAAUAUAAUGAAUGUGUCAGGCCCAGGUGUGAACAUGCUGCCACCACCACCACCCCAUCAUGGAAAGGAGAGGGAUUCUCUUCAUACUUGGCACCUCUGGGGAGCUAUUCAUACACCGUAACAUGAUAUUCUUGGAGGAUCAACAAAACUGCCCUGCGCAAGCCUCCUGUGGACAAAGAAAUGACCUACGCCAAGCUCUACCCAAGGGGAUGGUCUCUUGUCCCUAGCUCAGCUGGCUGGAGAGAACUGAAACACCUUUAUGGAGAGGACAGGAAGAAGCUCAUUCUUCCCCUUUUCCUUUCUGCAGUUGGUUGUCGAAGGGAUUGUGCUUAAUAGCUAGUACUGACCCUAAGGAUCAGACCUGGAAUUUGGAGUCUCAACAUGAAUAUCUUCCCACUUCCUGUCUCAUUUUCCAUGACUAUCCUUCAGCCUCCUCUUCUCCUCACUUUGGGAAUUGGUUUCUUUUUUUUUUUGAGUAGAAAAGAUUUCUCAGACAAAUGUAUAGAUCAGUGCUUGAAAUGAAAUGGGAAAUGUGAAUUAAUAUAUACGAAUGUGUACACAUGCAGACAAGACAGACAUACUACACCUGUGCACAUGUAGAGAACACUCCUCUGAAUGUGUGCUCUGGGUAUGUGCUGUGGGUAAGUAAGAUGCGUGUCAAGCCUACUCAAAGA